AUGACAGACCAGCGCAAAUACGUAUCCAAGCUCGCGGGCAAGCACGUCCUCAUCAUCGGCGGCAGCUCGGGCAUCGGGUACGGCGUAGCGGAAGCGUCGCUGGAGCACGGAGCCACCGUCACCAUCUCAUCCUCCAACGCCUCGCGCCUGGACGCAGCCGUAGCAAAGCUCUCGACCUCGUACCCCACCGCCGCCGCCGAUUCCCGCAUCAGCGCCGGCGUCGUCUGCGACCUGAGCAACGAGGACACGCUCGAGGCCAACAUCGCCAACCUCUUCGCCACCAUCACUGGGCGCCCUUCGCCUGCCAACACAAUCAUCAACCACGUCGUCUACUGCGCCGGCGACGCCCUAGCCACGCUCCCCCUCGCCGACGCCUCCCUCCCCCGCAUCAAGCAGGCCGGCGCCGUGCGCUUCUUCGGGCCGCUCCUGGCGGCGCGCGAGGCGGCCAAGCACCUGCCACGUAGUACUACCUCAUCCUUCACCCUCACCUCCGGCUCCGUCGCGCAGCGGCCCCUGCCCGGCGGCUGGGCCGUCGUCGGCAGCUACGCGACGGGGCUGCUCGGCAUGGCGCGGUCGCUGGCGCUGGAGCUGGCGCCCGUGCGCGUCAACUGCGUCGCGCCGGGCGUCGUCGAUACGGGGUUGUGGCGGACGAUGGGCGACGCGGAGAAGGAGGAGAUGUUUAGGGGCGUGGAGGAGAAGCUGCCGACGGGGCGGGUGGGGAGGGUCGAGGAUGUGGUGGAGGCGUAUUUGUAUUUGAUGAGGGAUGGGAAUGCGACGGGGAGUGUGGUGAGUACGAAUGGGGGGGCGUUGUUGGUUUAG